ACUGUUUGAACAAGAUGGCGUCUGGUAGAAAGGUGUGUUAGCAGAGUCUCUUUGUUGUGUUUUUUAAAGUGUGAACAUGUAUAAAGUCCAAAUGCUGAGAGCGCUGGUGAAGCAGCGACUAACUGCGGCUGCUGAAGAGAUAUUUGGGCUGGUUGAAAGAACGAUAGCAGAGUACGAGGAGGAACUUUGUCGAUCAAAAGAGGAGAACGAGCGACAACGGAAACUACUGGACGCUGUUUUCAACCCUCAGCUUCGGUUACACAGAGCAGACGCCCAGCAGCUGUCGGUGGUUAAAGAAGAGGUUCCCCCUGAGCAGCAGAAGUCGAGCUCCAGUGUGGACCAGGAGGACCCAGAGCCUCCACACAUUAAAGGGGAACAGGAGGAACUCUGGAUCAGUCAGGAGGGAGAGCAGCUUCAAGGGCUGGAGGAGAUUGAUAUCACCAAGUUCAUAUCCACUCCUGUCCCUGUGAAGAGUGACGAUGAUGAAGAGAAACCUCAGUCCUCACAGCUUCAUCAAAGACACACUGAACAGAUGGAAACAGAAGCAGAGGGAGAGGACUGUGGAGGAGCAGAACCAGCCAGGAACUCACAUCCAGAUACACAUUUACACUCCAAGACUGAUGACGAGACUGGAGACUCCUCUGAACCUGAGACUGAUGACAGUGAUGAUUGGACGGAGACCAGAGAACCUCAGUCAGGGCUGGGAGGGCGGCUACAAACAGAUCAGGGGGGCAGGCAGAUCACGGACAUUUACUCACGUGGUACACCGGAAGUAUCUUCCGCCAGGAAGUCCAGGAAAAAAAAUCAGCCUGAACAGACGUGUUUGGACGGAUUUACAGCGAAAAAGCAGUUUCUUCACUCGAAAACGAACAAAGUUAGAGCGAGAAAGACCACCAACGGCCUGUACAGCAGUCCCACAUUGUUUGCGCAGGCACAUCAGGCUGUGUGUAAGGGACGCACAGUCAGAGGUGCUGCAGCUCUGUUUGGAGUGCCGUACUCAACUCUGUAUCGGUACAUUAAAAUUAAAAGCGUGGACCCAACUGCACCAGAGCCAGGAUACAAACCUCAUAAUAAGGUGUUCUCAGCAGAGCAAGAGAGCAGCUUGAGGGAGUACCUUCUAAAGGCUGCAGAUAUUUAUUAUGGGCUCAGUUCUCGUGAGGUCCGCAGUCUUGCCUACCAGCUGGCCAAGAAGCAUGACUGUAGUUAUCCAAAGGCUUGGGAUGUGAACCAGUUAGCCGGGAGGGACUGGUCCGCUGCCUUCCUGCAUCGCAAUCCACAGCUGUUGGUCCGACGUCCUCAGGCCACCAGCCUUUCACGGGCCACAAGUUUCAAUGCUUCCAACGUUGGAAACUUCUUUUCCAAACUGUCCAAGGUCCUGGACAGGCACCACUUCCAAGCCAAGGAUGUGUGGAACGUCGACGAUUCCAGCACGGUCAAUGUUCAAGUGCCUGAUAAAGUUCUCGCCAGCCGUGGCACAAAGCAGGUCGGAGCCACGACGUCUGCGGAGAGAGGGACAUUUGUCACAAUGGCAUUAGCUGUCAAUGCCAUGGGUAACUCCAUCCCACCCCACUUUGUGUUUCCCUGCAAAACUUAUCAUGACCACUUGGUCAGAGACGGGCCUACAGGCUGCACUGGCUCAUGCUCAGAGUCAGGUUGGAUGCAGGAGAACGACUUCCUGAUCUUCCUCAAACACUUCGUCCAUCACACCAAAGCAUCCGCUGACUCCAAAGUGCUUCUGCUCCUAGAUAAUCAUACCUCUCACCUCUCGCUGGAAGGCAUAGAUUAUUGUCGUGCCAAUGGUGUCGUGCUCCUCUCCUUCCCACCUCACUGCUCACACAAGCUCCAGCCUGUGGACCGCAGUGUGUACGAACCUCUGAAGAGGUGCAUCAACUCAGCCAUGGACCAAUGGAUGAUGGGAAAUCCUGGGAAAAAAAUGACAAUUUAUGAUUUGCCAGGUAUUGUGGCAACAGCGCUGCCAUCUGCUGUCACACCAUCAAACAUAGUGGCUGGCUUCAGGUGUACAGGAAUCUGGCCGUUCAACCCCAGCAUCUUCACAGAGGAGGAUUUCUCACCGGCGUAUGUGACUAUGUGACAUCCGCCGGCCAGUGUGGAGACAACACCAGCUGUCCCGGAUCUGCCAGCACCGCUGUCCACCACUGUGGUAGGGCUGGGUGAUUCAUAUUACAUAUGAAAAAUGUUUUGCGCUCUUGAGGCUAACCACAGGAUUCGAGCAUGUGCAAAGGCCAAAAAAGUCAUACAGUUCAAAAAAAGAGAAAAGGCCUGCACACUGACAGAAAAGAGGAGGCUCUCGGAUGCAGAAAAAAGUUUAUUUCAAAACAUCAAAAUGAAAAGUGAUGUUUUGAAAUAAAAAAACCGUGUAGACGGAGAACGAUUGACAAAGAUUGCCGCUUGCCAGUUUCAUUUUUCAGGCUCAGGAUUUUUUUUUUUUUUAUUUUUUUUUUUUUUGUGGCUUUAAGUGUUGCUGCUGCCCCCGUCCACAGUCACCAGACUCCCUUGAUAGAAACAGUUAUGGUUUUCCUCAUAGCUAUAAAGGCCAUUUUUGGUCUCUUGUGUCCCUCUAUCAUUAUGUGUACCCUCUAAAUUCAGAGGUUUUUACGCGGUGCAGGUAGAACUCUUUAUGACAUUUUUUUUUUCAACAGCAGCAGUAGUAUGAGUCAUGGGGUGGAUAAACGAUCAGCUGCUUCAAUCAGAGCUGAUCUGAUUGAUGGAUGAGAGGAGCAGCUGCUGCAGAGGUGAGUGAAAGCAAGUGAAAGCAAUAAAGCAACUCAGGACAUAAAAUAAGCACAGCAGACACGUCAGACAGGAUGAACCAUGGUGUUAAACUAUAUAUCUUUAAAUGUUUCAGUCAUGGCUGAAAAUAACAGAAAUAAACAAUCUCCAGAUGGUUGGAUCAACUAACACAGCAGAUAACAAUGGAACAACAAUCGGCUCUGAAAAAAAAGUUAUACUGAUGGAUUAUGUGUUAAAGGUUUGAUUUUAUUUCCUGAAUGUUACACUUAUGGACUAUCUGUGUAAACGUCCCAUCAAGAUGUUAAAGGCUGGAUGUAACUAUUUUGAUGUUACACUUAUGGAUUCCCUGUGUAAACUGAUUGAUAUUUAGUGAUCUUAAUUUUGUGUACUUGUAUACAUGGUCUCUGUGGAUUUUAUAAUUGUCUUUCUUUUCUUCUAUCUUUGUAAUACGUUACUGAGUUAACUAAUGGAGUAUGGUAUACAAUGGAAAGUGCCUUGAUUAACCCCCUAUGAGGGUUUUUUUUUUUUUUGCAUCUCUCCAUGUUUCUGUUGAUCAUGUACUACUUUUUUGCAUAUGUGAAAACAAAUGAACUAAACUUUAAAAAAAAUUGGAACAGUUCAA